UUUGGGGAAAAUACGGGAGCUACUGAGUGCUUUAUCUGACAACUCUUUCCAGAUUACCUUGGUAUGGGUCCCUUCUCAUUGCUCCAUUCCGGGCAAUGAGAAGGCAGACUCCUUAGCUAAGGUGGGUGCCUUAGAAGGAGACGUUUACGAAAGACCAAUUAGCUUCAGCGAAUUUUUCAGUAUUACUCAUCAGAGAACCCUCGAAAGUUGGCAAACUUCGUGGAGCAGUGGAGAGCUGGGAAGGUGGCUACAUUCGAUAAUCCCUAAGGUAUCGACGAAACCUUGGUUCAAGGGGAUGGAUGUGGGUCGUGACUUCAUUCGUGUGAUGUCCCGACUCAUGGCAAACCAUUACACGCUGGAUGCACAUCUCCGGAGUAUUGGGCUCGUGGAUAGUGGUAUCUGCGCUUGUGGCGACGGCUAUCACGACAUCGAGCACAUUGUCUGGACGUGCACCGAGUACAGUUCCGCUAGGUCUCGGCUAAUGGAUACCCUGCGGGCCCGAGGAAGACCAACCAACGUCCCGGUUCGAGAUGUGCUGGCAAGCCGCGAUGUCCUCUAUAUGUCCCUAAUAUACACCUUUGUGAAAACCAUCAAUAUACAAGUUUAACUGCCCCUUCUUAUUUUCCUUAUCAUUCUCAGAACCCUCUUCCACCUGUAUCAAAGCAUCUGUAUCGAAUGAGCCAACAAACACGGGACCUACGGCACCUAACACGCUUAACUCGAAAUGUAGCCGAUCCACAUCUGAGCCGUACUACGAAAUCGUCUGGAAAAACCCCUACCAUCUUGAGGAGGACCACCCGGCGUCCCAGUACAUGAUUCCCCUGAUGAAGGCCACCCGAGUUUGUAAUCCAUCCGUUGAUCUCACGAUGCCUGAAACUGAAAUAAUUUUCUCUCCCUGUCAUCUUUGUCUACCCUCCCUCCCCUGACUCUUAUACCCAGAAGUAACACCCCUACCCCACCCCCCCCCCCCCAAUAUCAUCACGAAGCAUUUAGCUCUUCUUGUCUCUUCUAGUUUUAACUAUUAUAUUAUAUAAUCUCGUUGAAAAUGCCCAACUCUACUACCCACAAAAAUAACUAUAAUUACGAAUCUUUACAAAAUUCAAUCAUGCCCUCUAGUUAUUCCUAGUUUUAAGUUAGUCGUAAAAAAUUGUCCCCCUUAGUUAAACAUUAUUUGCUCCAAUAAUCUCACUGAUAAAAAUGUCAAACUAUAUUGCCACAAAAACUAAAUGACCCCCCUAAUCUUACGAAAAUAAUAUUAUCCCCUUGUGUAGAUAUAUAAGAUAGCUAUAAAAUCGCAUUAGUUUCAUUUAAAAAAAAAUCAUUAUGUAAUCCCCUAGUUUUAAGCAAUUUAAAAUGUAAAACAAAACAAAAUUGGCACCUUUAAGCUAACGCAACGUGCCUUAUCAAAUAAACGAUUUGAAUAAAAAAAAAAAUACUGAGCAAAAGUCACUUUUGACUUGAAAGUGCUUUCUCUGCUACAGGAAGGAUCAAGGAAAGAAAUAACCAUCACAACAUUAUGUAUUGAAUAAUUAUUUAUAUAUUUUUAUAUAUAUAACAUUUGUCUUAAAACUAUCUUCAUGCAUAUUAUUUUGUAUUAUUUCUAUACGAGGAAAAUAUUUUUGGUUCAUCUUCUGAAUUAGAAUACAUUUUCGCCUCUACUUUGCCACCAGGAAUAGGCACAAAAGUGUGGAAUUUCUGAGUGCCAGAUAUUGUUUUGGCGUUAUUAUAUAGUUCUUCGAGUUCUUCUGACAUUGUGUUGUACUGUUCAGUGGCUAUGUAACAGAAAAUUAAUUUUAUGAUAUUUGUAUCAGUUUGUUCAAUGCCUAGUUAUAUAACUCUCCGAGAGUUGUUAUGGUAUUUCCAUAGUCGCGAGUAAGACUGGCUUCUUUUACCAUUCGCUUGAGAGUGCCACCAAUAGCAUCACAGGGUCCAUUUCCAUUGGAUGAAGCAAAACAUGCCGUUGGAAUCUAUACAAGCUUGUGAAGUUUUUUUUAUUUUUGUAUUGUGCUGCUGCUCCAUCAGACAAAAAAUAAAUUUUAGAAAAGUUUGUCAAUUGUUUCAUAAAAUUUAUCAUUUUUGAGAUGAACAACGAAAUUGUAGUCUUUCAGUCUUCCACUCUUCCAGUCUUCAUUCAAGUUUAUUAUGAAUACAGUUAACUCUCUCUAUGUGGAUAUUCUCUAUGUCGAUAUCUUUCUCUAUCUGGAUUAUUUCGUAGGUCCCUUCAGAUCGCACGUAUAAAAACUCCUCUAUGUCGAUAUUUUCUCUAUCUCGAUAUCUCCCUAUCUCGAUGUACCUAGCUUUAUAUUUGCCUGCAUUAUUCUCUCUCUAUGUCGAUGUGUUUUUUUUCUCUCAGGACAUCACAAAACAUAUACAUAAUGGAAUGAAAAUUGGCGAUCAGGGCGCUAGGUCCUAUAUCAAUAUUCUGUAUGUAGGGACAGUAAUGACAUGAUUUGGGAUGAAGUGGAUAUUCAAUGUUUUCCUACGAGACUUUGUAAAACGAAUUCAGCUUAUUCUGCAACUAUCGAGGUUUUCUAGAAAUUAUGCAUUCUUAGGUUCAAAAUUUUAACUUUACGUGCUAUAAAAAUAUUCAAUAUGCAGCCAUCUGUAGCACGGAAAUCAUUCUUUCGUGGUCAAAACAAUUUUUAAAUUAGAGAAACAUGGAGAGACUUGACCAAGCACAGAAUUCUAUUAUUGGCUAUGACGUGUUCUAUUAGGUUCUUGAAAAAAUUUCAAAAAUAUUUUUAUACUAGUUUCGGUCCGUCAAGGUAAUUUUAAAAGUUUGAAAUGAAAAAUGCUUUCCUCUUAGAAAAGAUUCCGUAUUUAAUAAAUUUGCGUUAAAUGAUGUAAUUUUGUAUCAAACUUUGUAUGGACAUGGACUACUCGUCUAAUAAUUACUUCUAAAGUACUCAUACAUUAUUUUAUACUUUAUGAACUAGUGAAAUGAUUUUACAUAAAUCGAAACAUUGAAAUAGUUAUUACUAAAAUUUGCACGAGAUUGAACGAAAUUGUAAUGUUGGGGAGACUUGACCAAGAUUUUAUGGGGAGACAUGACCAAGUGGCAACAAGCCGAAGAAAGAUAAAAAUUUUCUGAUAUUUACUAUGCUGUCGUACCUACUGUUAGAUAAUCACGUCACAAAAAAAUCCCACAUCAAACAUCAGUCUAUAUGUUUUUGUACUAGUAAACAAAGUAGGUAGUAAUAUGGCUGAUUUCGUGACGUGUUAAUAUGCAAUAUAGGCAGUACAGUUAAUCCUUAAAAGGAAAUGCAUUAAACACAGUCGAAAUUUAUGAAAUGCAACCCUUUUAUAUUUUUUACUGCUACCUAAUGACCUCGACAAUAUGAAAAAAGGAUUACAGUAUUAUUUAUGUCAUUAUUUUUUGCUCUGAUUUUUCAAAAUUCUCUUGGUCAAGUCUCCCCAGGCCUUGGUCAAGUCUCCCCACAGUGGGGAGAUUUUACAAAAAAACGAUCUCAGACAAACUUUUAUAACUUUUGAAAAAGUAAGUUAAAAAUUCCGCAAACACACGAAUGAACACGAAUAAUACCUUUAUACAUUAUAUCUCAAUGGCUUUGGAAGGAUUGAAAACUUUUUUAGAGAUUUAUGCAGGUUUAUCUGAAAACCUGGUCAAGUCUCCCCAUAUUCCCCUACAUGUGCGGCAGAAUGAUAAACAGCAAAUAAGGGAUUCCUUCUCAAACAGCAAACAACAUUUUACAGUGCGAGUGCACUUUACCUCGUCGUCUACUACCCUACUCCCCCCAAUACGAGCAUCUAUAUUCAUUUCCCGGUAUGUAUUAUGAUGUCCUGAAGGAAAAGUUGUCUCAAAGAAAAUCAUUGUGUUCUAUAUGUCGAUCUCUCCCUAUGUCGAUGGUCCCUUCAAUAUCGACAUAGAGAGAGUUAACUGUAUAUACCAAAUUCGUUAUUGAUACUUUUUGCAUUUAUCAGGCAACUAUCAAUUGUGAAAUUGGAUUCUGAGAUGAUUAUGACUUUCAUUGGUUUUGUUCUUGAUAAAAAUACACUGAAAAAAAUUGUUGGGCAAGGAAAAGUUUUUUUUUUCAAAUGACUUUUUUCCCUGAAAGUGCCCAACUUGACAAGUAAUGUGGCAUAUCUAAUUCAUUUUACCCCAAAUUGGCGUUUGUAAUAAGAUAGCACAACAACGACGAUAUAAGAUGCAUCCCUCCAGGCCUCGUAAACAUCUUGAAAAUUUGAGUGAAAUCCAUACAUUUCUUGUAUAGGAGUAAGAGUAAAAGUAAGAAAAUCGUCAGGCAUGCAGCAAAACUUUUUGAAAAUUAUAAGCAUGUAAAUAAUUUUACUAGUUUAAUAUAAUACAUUGAAAAUGCGCUUGGAAAAAAAAAUAAAAUUACGUAGGACCUUACAUAUUUCUUUCUUUUAUUUUUUGUUAGUAAAAGUCAAAUAAGAGAAGAUUGUAUCACGGAGAAGAUAAACCAAUUAUUGUCCUUUUCAGAAUAUCUUUUUCGAAUUUCCAUAAAAAAAUCCCCUCCUUAACCUUCUGGCAGUCGCGCUAGUGCACUGAGUGCACGCUGCUCUGAAAAGCUAGCGAAAUCGUCUUAGAGCAUCAGCGGCUGCUCGUUCAGUGGGACACUUUUGGAGGGUUAAAUAGCACAUUGUUUGUAAAUUCUUUGCGUUUCUCCAUUAGCAAUUAACUAAUAAAUACAAUACAAACAAGUUGGGAUAUUAUUCUCAUUACUUACCACAAAACACAUGUGCAGGAGUCAGGAAAUAAAUUUCAUAAAAGCUGCAUAUCUAAUAAGAUUGACACUUCAUUUAUUAUGUGCACAAAUUCUAUCGCAAAAUCUUUGAAACAAAUAUUUUGUCUCUUGUAAUAAGGUUAUCAAUCAAUAAACUUUAUAAGAUAAUAAAAAUCAUUUGGAAGUUUUCUUAUUGGUUUGGUACAGAUUUCUGGAAUGCAACGAUGGAUUCGAGUAUGUACUGCCGUUAUGUUCCCUACGUAUUGUGAAUAAAUGUGUAAAGGGAAUCUCAUAGAACAUGGGACAAAUAUGCAUAUAACGGCAAUGUAUUUGUUGAUCAAUUCAUUUGGUAAAAUGAAAAAUAACUUUUAUUCACAAACAAAUCAUCGAUUAUUAGUGGGUGAAUACGUAAGAAUGUUGCGCAAAAUGUAAGAAACCACAACGAACUGAAAACAAGGCUCAACGGACUACGCCCAACUACCCCUCAGUGGACACAAAUAAAUGAAGUUCGCCAUGUAACUGAACUCCGAUGUCAGCAGUGAAAUUCGAUCCGAAAAUUGUUCUCUUUUAGGGUAGGGUGUGGUAGUGCGAGAGAAGAUACUUGAUCUUGAACACCCCUAAGGCAGUCUCGAUCUAGAAUUUUAUCAGUCCCGCUUUCCCACUUGAAUUCUUCUACCUGCUUCACAGUCUCUCUUAUCGGAAAGUUUCUCCAGAGCGAAAAGGCCUUUCUUUCCCGAUCAGCUGUGCGCGCAAUAUACAUAGUGGAUGUACGAAUUAUAGAUCAGUUGAAAUAAAUCACAGUCGAGUAAGGUCGCGUUCUUUACUUCGAAAAUAAAUUGCAUUUUUAAGUUCGCGAAAAGUGCAGUGUUCACAGUUAUCAAAGUGUCCGAAAAUCUCGUCUUCCGCGCGAACAGGGUGUAUUUAGAUAGAUUAUUAAACUGAACAUGCUGUCAAAAUCUUCACCCUAAACAUCUUGUCAAGGAAAAUAUACUCCGAUUGAUGAAGAAAAAACGAGUUUGCAAUCAAAGUAGCUAGUAUUCCUAGUAAUUGUAUUCCAAACAAAAGAAUUGGAAUAUCUACCACUACGCUCAUUCAAACUCGUGAUUAUUAAAAUAUAAUAUAUACGAAGCACUUAAUCCUUAAAUUCUAAAUUAUAAUCUAAAAAUAAUCCAUUUUAUUUAUACUCGAAAUAAGAUUUGCCGUUUAUGAUUAGGGUUGCCACCCCUCCGGGUUUGACCCGGAGCCUCCGGUUUUCGGGAGCGAUCUCCGGACCUCCGGGUUUUACAUCAAUUUCUCCAGGUUUGGUUGAAAAAUUGAUGAUUUAAGCUUUUUUGAAUUUAAUUGAUUCUUUUCUAAAUGUUUCAAAAGUGUAAGUAUGGUGCAUGUACUAUUUUUCUGGUUCAAACGGGUCCACCAAAUCGCAAAACAACGAAAAUGAAAAACAAAUCAAUUUUUUUACAGCUUAAGGAAAAUAAUAUUUCGCUAUAUGUUGCAAUUAAAAUUUUGCGUACAUUGAGUCGCUCAAAAGUUAUUUUCCUGUAAUUUUACGAAAUCACUUCGUUGUUGGUGGUGCCUAUCUGUAGCUGCAUCAAGGGAUGGCGGGUUUGUUCUAAUCUGAAUGGCUAAGUUAACAUAAAACGAGUGCUUCCGGUGUUGUUGUUGCUCUUGCAGUGACCCCCAACUGUUGGCUAUGGGGGUGAAUUUUGCCCCCUUGUUGGAACGUCUGGUGACGAAUUACCGAGACCACAAAGUACUUCUCCUUCUUCUGUUAGUUGUGGAUCAGAGCAAUGCUCGUUCGACUUAUCCUCCGCAGCGAGAAUGGCUGGUGCUUUUGUAUUAUUUGCACUUGGCCGGAGAAGAGAAACUGUACACUAAUAAAACCGACAAAACCGUAAACCAACUUGAGAAAUUUACAGCUGUAUUUUGACGAUAUAGACGAGAUCACUCUAUAGGUGAUUGUGAGCUAGUUUUGAUAAUUUUCCAAUCAACCAGUAUUAAAUUUCAUGACAAAUUACAGAAGGAAUGAAAAAGUAUAUACACUUAGCUUUUUUACGCGAUAGAACAAAAUCCAUAGUGAAUAUUUUUUGGAGCGCGUGCCCUGUCGCCUCGUGUACAGAUAGCUUAAAGUCUAAAAUGUCGUGCAAUCGCUUUGAUUCUACUUUUUGUUGGCUUUGGUUUAACGUCCUCCACCCUCAGGUCAGUAAAAAUCUCCAAGUCAACGUCUCUCCCGAGGUGGCAACCCUAUUUAUGAUUUUAAGACAGAUAGUUACCUAGCGAACAUGAUGCUGAUGCAUGAAGCGAUAUAAAACAUCGAUGUUCGCGAAUCUUAUAUAGACGAAACAAUCGCUUCAUAUAUGUUCACCGAACACCGUUUCGAAACUCUGUGCAAAUGUUUCAAAAACGUAAAAAUCACGAGCCAAGAGCUUACCUUGUGUUCGAUGAUGUAUGCUUAGUUCAUAAUAUGAACUUUUUCAUAUUAUGAACUUUUUCGAACAUUGUAGAAGCGAAGCUAGCUUCGUCGAAGCGGAUAUAAGUUUUACCCCUAAAUGUUCGCAGCCAUUGCAUGUGGUAUGCUUGAGAAGCUUCGAACAGCAAGCAGUUCAUUUUGCGAACUUUUCCUGACUUAGUGUGCGCUUGGCCGAAAGCGGUCAAAUUCCGAGCAUAUUGUUUUCUCACGAAUGUUAUUUUUUGAAUUGAGCGCUUCGUAAACUCUUAAAAUGAUAGAGCUUACAUCACCCAGCAUUCAUGUGAGAAUUUGAGUCAUCGAUUAGCCACCAGGAGGCAGCACCCGCCACAAAUAAUGUUUUGGAAGCGAUGCCACAUGUUUUUGUGAAAUAUUUGUAGAAGAAUAAUUAAAAUGUCUGUAAAGGUCUGUAGAUGGUUGUGUAAAUCUUAGUUACACUAGAAUAUUACUAGUAGAUUGGAAAUAAAACAAAAUUGUGAAGGAAACGCCCUUCACGAAGCACCGCGCUUAGGAGAUGAAAUAACGUGUAUCUGCAUAACGAAGGGCUGAAUAAGAAUACUGGUAAAAAAAAUCAGCCCUACGUUAUGCAAAGUUGUAUACAGAUUGAGUGAGCACACCAGUACAAGUGAUGCCAAAUUUAGCACCUUCAGUGAAAUCCAAUCACUAAAAUUGGUUUAAUGAGAUAUAUGUACCGUAAAGCGGGGGAACAUUGAUCAAUUUUUCUGAAUUUUUUCGAAUAAAUUUCUUCAAAUCAGGUCGAUGUAUCUGUUUGCAUUUUUAACCCUUUCAUGCCCAACUUUUUUCUAGUGCAUGUAGAGUUUCAAAACUAUUUUUCCUUGAAUACGGUGGGGUCAAGAAACACGAAAAGCCUGUUUUCAUAAAGAUAGGUGAUUCCAUGGCAGUGCUAGAAGCUGGUCAAUUUUUACCUUCUAAUGCUCCAUACAAUUCUCCUAGAAUAAUUACAAUAAUCCAAUUACGUGGAAAACGUAGCCAACUACAGUCUAAAUUGGUAAGUUUUAUCAGUUUUCAAUAAUAUUGCUCCAUAACGAAGAUAUAUGAAAAAAUCAUUUUCCGUCGUCAACACAAACUGUCCCUGGCAGCACUGCUCCUUCGGAAUCCAAUCAGACUAAUUGCAAUAACUUCAGUUCUAGAGCUGAUCUUUUUUAACUGUUAAUACUCAAAUUAAUGGCAAUAAUCACAUUAAUGAGCCUUACUUGUUUUUGUGCGCAAAUAUCGUCUCAAUCAAAAGUUAUAGCUGUUUAAAAACGUUGUUGUCCACAAACAACAUGGGCAUGAAUGGGUUAAAACAAGUACUGGCACCCAUAGAUUGAAAACGUCCAAAUUGUUUGGUAAUUUAUUUCGUUUAACUAUUAAAAUAAAAUAAAUUUGUUGUAAAUUUUCAUUCGUUGUUUUCGUGGUAACUUUGAUCAGCAAAAUAUGGGUAUCAAAAUAAGAAAUAACGCUCCAAAUGGUGUGUAGAUUGCACAACGGUAGGCGAUUUUUUGACCCGUUAUUGUGUCGUCUCGUAAGAAAACAAAAUUGCCUGGAAGGAUACGGCCGACUUUUAUCGAACUUUUUCAGGAAAAUAAUCAAAAUUAAUAGUUAGCAUUAAAAAUCUCGAAUUUUUAAAAUAAUAUAUUGGACAAAAAUAUUUACGGUUUCUAAAAAAGUGAAGUUGGUUGAUUUCAUUUAUAUACAAAGAAUUGUUUGAACAGGUUGAAACGAUGCAUGAAAGUUGUAUCAUUUUCAAUUUGAAUUUGUGUUCAUAAAAGGUACAUUAGAUGACGAAAUAAUCGUUGCCGGUAGGUGCUGAACAUGUUUAGAAUAUGGUUUGUAUUUUGUUUUAAUGUUUUUGUUAGAGGGAAUCAUCGUAGUCUCAUUUGAUCAAACUUACCCCGGUGAUCAAAAAUACCCCAUUUUACGGUAUCAAUCUAGUUAUGCCUUAACAACUGUCGUUUUGUUUCAAUCGAACGAAGAACUAACUGCAUCAAAAACUCGCCGGCCGGUGGCAACCUAUACAAAAAGAUUUAUUGUGCAGUUCGCAUGGGAUGCUCGAGAAUUCACUAAUGUUGGAUACCAAUACCGGAGUCCGAAGUGGCCGAUAAGUAAUCAUGGAUCCAAAUACCGCAGCUAGUAGUAUAUACCUACAUAAAAUGAAUAUUUCGCAAAUGACGAGAAGUAUUUUGCAGCCGUUAUCUCUAUGUUAAUGUCACAGGCGAUAGAGGUAGACAACUGUCUCUCUAAUUCUUCGAACAACUCUAUAAAACUCGAUAAACGCUCCACCCCAAUGACAUUAAAAUUUCUACGCAAGAUAGUAGAUAUUUAUUAUGUUAGUUUUUUUUUUCAAAUUUAUUGAAAGUUUAAAAUUUAAGAUAAAAAUAUUUGGCAUCCCUGACUGCCAUAUGUUCCAAUAUCUAAACGUCAAUUUUGUUUUGUUUUGAAUUUUAAUCGCUCAGCUGCUACUGCUAGUGCGUACCUCGGAUCGUAUCUAUUUUGAUAGUGAGUCUCCGUGAAUAUUACGCGUUACAUUUAGACCAUUUACUGUUAUUUAGAAUGAAAAAUUUCCAAAUCGGGAAUAGUGAAUAAUUCGCAGACGCGUAAAAAUGUUUGAUAUAGUUGUAUUUUUGAAAAACUUUAUCUACAAUAUGUUAGCGAUAUUUUCCUUCGGUCGCAAGAAGCUCUCCAACACGCUUAGUAUCUACGUAAAGACAAACACUGGAAGUACGCUAACGGUGGAUCUGGAACCGCACAUGGACAUAAAGAAUGUUAAGGAAAUCGUUGCUCCACAGAUGGGUCUAUCUCCUUGUGAGUUAAAAAUCAUUUUUGCCGGGAAGGAACUGUCCGAUUCAAUUACCAUUAGCGAGUGCGACCUCGGACAACAGUCGAUUAUUCAUGCCGUCAAGGCGAAAACUUUGCCAAAGAAAAUAAAUAGUAACAAAAUGCAGCACGCAAGAACUAUUUCAGAGGAAAACCCGGAAGAUUCUGUCUCAACUAAACCACUAUGUGAAACGAUGACGGACCUACAGCUGACGGAGGUUAACAAAACGGAAGAGGUUACUAGCAUAGAUAGAAGAAAGGCCCAUUUCUUCGUCUUUUGCUCUCAGUGCGAGAAAGUAUGUACCGGGAAACUACGAGUUCGCUGUGGAAUCUGUAAAAGUGGAGCAUUCACUGUGCACAGGGAUCCGGCCUGUUGGGACGAUGUUCUCAAGAAAAAACGAAUUACUGGACACUGCGAAAACUUCGACGUUCCCUGCGUGGAAAAUGAACUCGGCGAUCCUCCGUUCACGGAGUUCUAUUUCAAAUGUUCUGAGCACUCCUCCGGUGGUGAAAAGGACUUUGCGGCUCCGCUCAAUCUUAUAAAAACUAACCACAAGGAUGUUCUAUGUAUUGCAUGCACAGAUAUUAGCGACACAGUACUGGUGUUUCCCUGUGAAGCUGGUCACGUAGCAUGUUUGGAUUGUUUCCGGCAGUACUGUGUUUCACGAUUGCUGGAGCGGCAAUUUUUAGAACACCCAACCGGUGGAUACACGCUACAAUGCCCUGUGGGUUGUGAAAGAUCCUUCAUCGAAGACGUGCAUCACUUCAAAUUACUGUCUAAGGAACAGUAUGACAGAUAUCAGAGAUUUGCUACUGAGGAAUACGUUCUUAGACAUGGUGGCGUUUUAUGUCCUCAACCAGGUUGCGGAAUGGGUCUCCUGGUCGAUCCAGAAUGCAAGAAAGUACAGUGCCAAAACGGCUGUGGGUUCGUAUUUUGUCGAAGCUGUUUGCAGGGCUAUCAUCUUGGAGAAUGUUUGGAAACGCCGCAGCCCAACUCAGGGGCAGCACUUGGUUACACUAUUGAUCCCCUGCGAGCGUCUGAAGCACGUUGGGACGAAGCCUCGAAAAUUGCCAUAAAGGUUACGACCAAACCAUGCCCGCAGUGCCGUACCGCGACGGAACGGGAUGGUGGCUGCAUGCAUAUGGUGUGCACUCGAUCCGGCUGCAGUUAUGAGUGGUGUUGGGUUUGUCAAACUGCCUGGACCAGAGAUUGUAUGUCGGCUCACUGGUUUGGUUAAGUUUAAUGCUUGGCUAGUAUUGAAAUUGCAAAUAUUUAUACAGUUUUUCUAGUGCCCGGAAUAGUUAAAGCGAACAAAAUUUAGUAAUUGUUACUUUAUAUU